UCACUGUAUUACUACUUUGUCGGAUGUAACGCAUGGAUGAUUAGGGGGCAAGGAAUGGCGGAUAGAGAUAAAGGAAAACCUCCAUCAAAGACUCAUUUCCUGGGCUUGCGGAUUGUGUCUUCUCCCAGUUACCGGCUGACCCAAGACAUCAGUCUGGAUGAGUUUGAAGAUGAAGACCUGUCUGAGAUCACAGAGAUCGCUGAUGACUGUGGGAUGAGCCUCAACUGCAAUGGUGUGGUCAUCAAGGGUCACCUGACGCGCAGGGCCAAUGGCGUGCCGGGGAAGGCGGAGGGGCGGGGCUCCGGCAGGCUGCAGGCUGAGGCGCUGCACUUGGACCUGAUCGACGCUGCGGGCGAGAGCCGCGACCAGCACUCCGCACCCCCCGCCGACAAACCCGCUCCCGUCGCCAUGGAUACCUACCGGCCCAAGAGACCCACCACCCUUAACCUCUUCCCGCAGGUGCCUCGAACUCAGGACACGUUGAACAACAACUCCUUCGGUAAGAAGUACAGCUGGCAGGAGAAGGUAUCGUGCUCAUCCUCGCCUCUGAAAACAGGGGAGCUCACGCCAGCCCACGUAUGUUUGAGCGACGAGGACAAGGUCCAACAUGGCGUGGGGGCCCAGACCAAAGACAAAGGCACCUCGGUGGACGGCCCGUGCCAGAAGGCCCCACGGGCCUCAAAGACACAGGACAGGCCCCCUCACAGCCAAUCCCAGCCCCCUCAGACUCAGGCCCCGCCUCCAUACACUCAAGCCCCGCCCCCGGGGGAGGGGCACCGCGAGCGUGUCCGCUACCCCACGCUCGUGCGUCUGGAGCCCGACGAGGAGAUCUGCCUGACCCCCGUGCGCGGAACCCCGGACCCCCCAGAGCAGGAGAGGCCCCCGGUCUCCCGCAACGGCGAGGCCAGCCGAAUGUCCGUGGGCUCGGACGCUGAGGGACCCCCACCUUACCAGCCUCUCCCCGACCGGACAAACCCCUCCAUCAGCGAGGAGGACGAGGCCUACGCCCCCGCCGUCAGCGAGCCGGACACGCCCGGCGGGGGGCCCCCCGGGGCCCCGCGGACUUCCGUGGGCUCGGAGGCCAGCGGCCUCUCCUACGACUCGGUGAAGUACACGCUGGUGGUGGACGAGCACGCCCAGCUGGAGCUGGUCAGCCUGAGGCAGUGCUACCAGGGCUACAGCGACGACAGCGACUCGGCCACCGUCUACGACAACUGCGUCUCCUCGCCCUACGAGUCCGCCCUGGAGGAGGAGGAGGAGGAGGAGGAGGAGGAGGGGGGGAGGAGCCGCAGGGCGCGGAGGGGCGCCCCCCGCCUGUCGGAGGACUCCUCGGCCUCAGCCGACCUGCCGUUUUCCCGGAGGUUCCUCAACGUCUUCAUGAACGCGCGGUCCCGCUCCUCCAGCGCCGAGUCCUUCGGCCUCUUCUCCUGCGUUAUAAACGGAGAGGAGGUGGAACAGAGUCAUCGAGCUGUCUUCAGGUUCGUGCCGCGGCACGCCGGCGAGCUGGCGCUGGAGACCGACGACCCGCUGCUGGUGCAGGCGCAGGCGGAGGACUUCUGGUGCGAAGGCUGCAACAUGCGCACUGGCGCCCACGGCAUCUUCCCAGCCUACUACGCCCUGGAGGUCGUCAAGGAGCCUGACCAAUACAAAGAAAAAAGCACCAAGUGGGUAGAAAAAUUCCGGGUGAAAUUCCUGGGCUCUGUUCACGUGCCAUAUCACAAAGGGAAUGAUGUUCUCUGCGCAGCUAUGCAAAAGAUCGCCACGAGCAGAAGAAUGACUGUGCAGUUCAACCCUCCAGCCUCCUGCAUACUAGAAAUCAACAUUAAAGGCGUGAAGAUAGCAGUUCAAGACGAGUACAGCUCUUUUGACAGAGGAAAUAAAUGCAGUCAUUUCUUCCAGCUUAAGAAUAUCUCCUUCUGUGGUUAUCAUCCAAAGAAUAACAAGUACUUUGGGUUCAUCACGAAGCACCCUGCUGACCAGAGGUUUGCUUGCCAUGUCUUCGUUGCUGAGGACUCCACCAAGCCACUGGCGGAGUCUGUGGGGAGAGCUUUCAAGCUUUUCUACAAGGAGUUUGUGGAGUUCACAUGCCCCACAGAAGACAUCUACCUUGAGUAGCCUGUUCUGCCCGGCUUGGCGUCCUUGUACAGUAUUGUGUAUCACUACAUGUUGCAUGAUGGAGAGAAGAACGAAGAACACCAAUUCAUUGGCGAAAGAGAGAAAGUGAUCUACUUUGGGCUGCAGGAUUUUCUUUUGGGAGAAAAAGAAAAUGUAUAAUCAGGCCAAAAAACGUAAAGGGGUUUUGAUAGUGUAUUAAUUUAUCAAGGUGUGCUUCCCAUUAUCCCAACUCUCACCUGAAAGCACAAUUUUAAAGUGCAAUUUUUAGAGUGUACACUUCACUGAAUGGAUGCGGAAGACACUUUGGGCAUAUAUUUUUGUGAUGUCAUAUUUAAGAGAAAUACACUAUCAAUUCCAUGGUGCUCUGCUGUAAAAUAAAUAAAUAUGAAGGCCACACAUUUUUGAUGCAACGUAGGUAUUUAUUGGCUGUUUUAUGGUGAAAGGGUGAUGUGAGAUUAUCAGGUUAUGACUGAGAGGAGGAUCCUGUGUUUGCACAGGGGCAGAGACCCAAAUAUAUCUUUGAAUCGUUUCAUCACCCCAAAAUCCUGUAUCAAACUGCAAAAAGUCUUUGUCAUGAACAUUUGAGGAAGAGUCCAAAAAAAUAUUAUCCUUUGCAAAAACGUUAUCUGGGGGAAAUGAUGAUUGGAUGAAAAAGGCUGGGAAUUAAAUAGAUUAGCGUCUGUAAAGAGCACACACUGUCUUCUACAGAAAUGAAAAUGAAUUUAUAGACGACUGACACGUGUGUUGCACUGAGCAGCGGGGCCAGACCUGGCGAACAACAUUCCAGGACCAGUGGGCGUAUAUGCAAAAUCAUUAACGCAUUCCAGUCAAGUUCACCUCCGCCAACCGAGAACCAUAAUGCAAUCAUAGAUACAUACAGCUAGAUUCAUAUUCAUGCCAUUGCUGAUAUGAUAUCACUGAACUAACUCUAUAUCCUGGUAUUGACUGUGGUGUAAGUGGAGUGUGGGGGAAUGGGGAGUUAAAGAUAGCAAGCCAUGUGAAGUUUUGCUUGAUUGUUGAUCAUUUUUUUGCUGCUUGAUAAAUGUCGUGUCCUCUCCCCCAGCUGUGUAUCUGCGGUGUGGAUGAGUGGAGAGGAGUUAUGGACGUCCCUUUUUAAUUGGAUAUCCCCCAGUGUCGAACUCUUGAAUUUAAUCCGCUGCGCUCUUUUAUUCUGCUGAUAUCGCAGCGAUCUGAUACUGAGAAGGCAAGCUUAUUCAGGAAGCAGGCAUGCACUCAGCUGCCAACAGCAUAUUGCAGCAAACUGAAGGGCUAGCAUUGUCUGCAAAUGUACUAUCCCCCAGCUGAAACUAAUCCGCUACGACUAACCUUUUGGGACAUUUUUACCAACCCAGAUAUUUCACCAGAUCAAAAUAUGUAUUUGAACUGAAAUGUUUAAUUGAAGGGAGCUUAGAGCAUAAUUUUGCUUAGGAAAUGCUACACCCAGAACAGGGAGGGGUGAGGUUUUCUAGGAAGCACAAUUGGACUCUUGGUGUCUUUCUGAAAAUAGUACCUAUUUUCAUGGUGAUUCUGAUCUGUUUUUGUUUUAUUCAUUGUUCAGAGUUGUGGAUCUGUCAGAGUUGGCGAAUGCUUUAUCUUUAUCUAGCGCGCCUAAAUCCUUGCCUGUUAGCUAGACCCAUCCUACAUUAGUACCUACUGGGUCUAGAAAUGCUGUUAUUCUAUUCUCAUUGAAGUGCUCAUUGAAACAGGGAAUUUGCCCCAAAAAUGGUUUGUGCACACUGAUUGGUUAACAUUUUUUUUCUUCUGCAGCAGGGCAACACCUUCACUGAAAAUACAUUUUUUUGUGUGUUGGCCUUUUAAUUCAAGGGAGAGACAUACAGUAAUUAGUUAAAUUCGUAAAUACCAGCCCUUUCAUUAAAUAAGUUAAAUUCGUAAAUACCAGCCCUUUCAUUCAAUAAGUUAAAUUCGUAAAUACCGGCCCUUUCAUUAAAUAAGUUAAAUUUGUAAAUACCAGCCCUUUUAUUAAUUCUGAGACUAGUUCAAAGGACUUUGUGAGGGUCUGGGUAUCAGGCAACCUAAAAAAGAAAGGGUGGUGACCAGAAAUGCCAACUUUUCUUACAGGAAGUGAACUGUGCCUGUGUGCUCCUCACUACAUUGCAAAUCUGAAUUUCAAGAGACCAUACACAUACGUGCAGGCGACCUCUGUGUGUCAUGGAAAGAUCACUGUGAGCUUUGAACCUGUCAAUGAUAUCAAAACUUCACUGUCCACUCUUUCUGAAGGUGAUAUGGAAAUUCAGACCAGCUGAGGGCCACUAUCAGUGUUGUCCGUGUGGUUUGUUUUUGUACCAGCACAAGGGGGGUGUGCCGCUGUUUAUUGGAACCCUAUUCCAAGCUUAUAAGAAUUUCUGUAAGAACCCUAUAGUGCGUCUGGUAAAGUAAAAGUAAAAUCUGUGUCUUUCAAGAACUUCACUAAGAUUUCAGGUCAGUACCGCAAAAGAUCCAGGCCUACAGCAGGAGAAAAAUGGCCCCUACGUCUUUGUAGCAUACGGAGCUUAAGGGAGAUCUGAACCGGCCAGGGCAGGGUGUGGACCAGGGUGGACGAGGAAAGGAGGGAGGCCAACUCAUUUGACAAAUGGAAUCAGUCCAGGGGCGGAAAUUUAGCUUCAGUACGCCCCACAGGCAUUCAAAAUGAGUCAUUGAAAAAGAUUUGUUCAUUCAGUUUGGAACCGCACUAGAGUACGUUACUGGGAGGAGGCCAGACACUGGCUCUUUAGUGGCUCUGAAUCCUGGUGAUGCUCUUGAAUGAUCAUGCUUUCACAUGGCAGCAGUGUAGGGCAGGGACAUUCAAAUCUGUAGUAGUACUGCUGGUGUCCUCUUCUGCCUGAAGUAUUGGUCCGUAGUACAAUAAUACUACCAAUGUCAGUGACUGGACUGGCGAGACAGUACAUGGGAUUAGAGGGGAGUCGUGAAAAGCAGCAGUACUGCAGGCACUGAGGACCAGCUAUGAGUAUGUCUACAGAGUAGAGUUCAAGCCUGGAAUAGGUUUCCCAGUUGUCCAGAUGUGUAAGAUGAAGGUAGGUAUGUCUGCUAUACAGUGUAGAGUUCAGGCCUGGAAUAGGUUUCCCAGUUGUCCAGAUGUGUUUCCUCUCUCCACCAGACUUUUACACUUUCUACGUUACUUUAGUCAUUACUGUAUGUAAACUGGGCUACCACUAAAAACCUUGAUCAUUUUGAUGUGACCGGCAGCAUAGCUCAAUGGGUAUAACACUUUUCUUGUUUUUUUUUUAGAGCACGAUAACAGCCACUGCUCAUUAUCCGAGCAAAACUGAACAAAACUUAACGACUUAACAACAGAAAUUCACUUUAUCUUUAAAACAUUAACAUAAAUAAAAACAGAAAAGAAUAAGGAGGUGUAAAGGUAUGCCAUAUAUAUUGUAAUUACAAUGUUACACUGUACCAGUUCAAACUGUAAUAUGUGAAAUCUUUUUUUUUUAAUGUAAUUUUUUUGUUUAUUUAAAAACUUUCAAUCAGUA